AUGAGACCUAUCCUGCUCCAAGGGCACGAGCGAGCCCUGACUCAAGUCAAAUUCUCGAAAGAAGGCGACCUCAUCUUCUCCGUCAGUAAGGACCAUGUCAUCUGCGCAUGGUACAGCGCCAACGGCGAGCGAUUCGGCGCAUACAAGGCGCAUCAGGGUGCGCUCUGGACGGUCGACGUAGACCCAACCACCACCCUUCUGGCAAGCGGAGGAGCCGACAACACAAUCAGAUUAUGGGAGGUCAAGACGGGCAAGCUGCUGAAGACGUGGGAGUUCGGCACCGCCAUCAAGCGGGUGGAAUUUUCAGAAGAUGGGAAACAGUUGCUGGGUGUGACGGAGAAGCGUGCCGGGCAGCUGAGCACAAUCAUCGUAUACGACAUCAACCAGGAUCCAGAGGGCCAGCAGCCAAAUGAGCAUAGCCUGCGCAUUGUGGUCGACGACAUCCCGAAGGUCACCGUGGCUGGCUUUUCAUACCUCACCAAGUAUAUCAUCUCCGGCCACGAGGACGGCAGUGUCACCCAGUACGAUGCGAAGACGGGCGAGGAGCUGAAGCACACAUACCCUCACGAGGAGGGCAGCCUCGUCACCGACCUUCAGUGGAGUUCCGACCGGACAUACUUCAUUACUGCAUCAAAGGACAAGUCCGCAAAGCUGAUGGACGCUACCUCACUCGAUGUUCUCAAGACCUACGUCACCGACACUCCUCUCAACAGCGCCGCCAUCACCCCUGAGCCCACCAACUACGUGAUUCUUGGCGGUGGUCAAGCCGCCAUGGACGUCACCACCACCUCAGCAAGACAAGGAAAGUUCGAGGCCCGUUUCUACCAGAAGAUCUUCGAGGAGGAAGUCGGCAGAGUACGAGGUCAUUUCGGCCCGCUCAACUACGUGGCUGUUGAUCCUACCGGCAAGUGCUACUGCAGUGGUGGUGAGGACGGUUACGUUCGUGUACAUCACUUCGAUCCACCGUACUUUGACUUCAAAUUCGAAGUUGAGCGGGAGCGGGAGCGGAUGUGA